AAAAACAAACCAAAACCACAAAAACACCCUUGCUUAGUUCCCCCUCUUUGUAAUUUCACUCUGUAUGUAUAACAAUCUCAAAUGUAACAAAAACCACAUUCAAUUUCCGAAAUCACUCUUCAAAUUUUCCGAUUAUUCAUCUCUCUCUCCGUUAAUUCCUCAAACAAACACUGUUCUUGAAAUAGCCACCAGAGUUCACGCUCAUACAAUCCUUAUUACAUUCACGUUUACGUGAAUUGUUGUUUGUAUUGUUCGUUUGAUCACAAAACAAGCCUCUUCUAGGGUUUUCCACCAGUUUGUUGCUGUUUUAGGGGUUUUAAGCUGUUGUUUUGUUGUAGGUUGGUGUUUAGAGAGUGAUUUAGAGUAGUGUGAUCAGUUAUGUUGGACUUUAGGAUAGUGGAUUAGGGUUUAUAGGGUGAUUUUUUAGGGAUUAGGGUUAGAGUUAGGGUUUGGUGUUUAGAGAUGGUGAAUGAGACUGAGCUUGAAGAAGGAGAGGCUCGGUUUGACGAUAAUGAUGCUGGUUUUGACCCUGAUACAGCUCUCUCUUACAUUGACAAGAGACUUCAACAUGUGUUGGGUCAUUUUCAGAAAGAUUUUGAGCAAGAGAUGUCUGCAGAACUAUUGGGGCCCAAAUAUGGUGGGUACGGAUCCUUUUUACCCGUACAUAAGCAUCCUACCGCUAUACCUUCCCAUACGAACACUUUGAAUUCCAACAAACCGAGUUCACCUAAAACUUUUCAUAUGGAGGCUGCUCCUGCCCCCCUAAAUCCAGUCGCACUAGUAGACCCUGUUAAACCAGCUGCAUUGCACCAUAAAGAUGUAUGUGUUGAUCAAAAUGCUCCAUCUGUUGAUGACGUGGCGAGCAAAGAUGCAUCUUUAUCGCGUGGUGAAACAUUUCUAUCGAAAAAUGAAACCCCUGCUGGUGGUUUGGUAAAUCCAACUGGACAAAGGUCACUAAAGGUACGGAUUAAGGUCGGUUCAUAUAAGCCUGCCAUUAAAAACGAUGAAAUUUAUAGUGGUCUUGGACUUCUUACUCCAUCUUCCUCAAUGAGCAACAAUACCGAUGAUAGUAGUGACAAUGACCCUCCGAUUGAAUCCCAUGACGCCCCUUUCGAUUCUCCGCGUAGCAUACUACGUGAUAUGAGCUCUAUAUUUGUCCCCGGAAGCCGGCUGCUCUCACCGUUAAACGAGAGUUUACUUUGCUUAAAGAAUAAGGUUACGCCUUUGUUCAUGGGGAGACAAACGAGUUUUUCCGUUGUUGUUGAUGAUUCAUCAUCUGUUCGUGAAGAAGUAAAGCAGAUGGAACCAGAAUCUGUUGACUGUAAACAGGGGUUGACCAGUGAUAUUAAAGUCAAACCAUCAUCUGAUUAUAUAACAUCUGAAACAAAUCGAGCAGCUAAGAAAGAUGUACCUCUGAAGAUCAGAGAAACCAAAAAGGAAAUGAUGAAAGACCAAUUGUUUGGCAAUGAGUUUACAAGCAACGAGUCUGCUGAAAGCUAUGAGCAGAAAAAGGUCAAAAAGCUUUCGCUUGAUUCAAGGGGAGUUAGACUGAUCGUUUGUGAAAACGAACCCGAUGUUAUUAAACAUGAGACCGAUCGUUUUGAAAAGAAAGUUGGUCUUAGAGCUAUCAAUUGUGAACCACAAGAAGCAAAAUCAUCUAACAAUAUGGCAAAACUGCCAUUUGAAAGAAAAAAUAAGUUGACAGGCAUUCACAAAAAGGAAAACUUGAGGUCUAAUCUCUCUGGAGUAACGAAAGACAAGAAAACCGCUUUAAGAGAUAUUGUAGAGGUACGUAAUAGCUAUAAAGAUUUAUUUGACACUGACAAUGGAGCAAUAAAAGUGGAAAAUACUCCGGGAAAUGCAAUUCCUGCUGACGUGGCGGCCACUCAGCAAAUAGUAGUGGGCCCUGCUGCCCCUCCUGAUAAUUGGGUAGGGUGUGAUCGUUGCGAGAAGUGGCGCCUCUUGCCAAUUGGUAUCGAGCCACAUAAUCUGCCUGAUAAAUGGCUCUGUAGCAUGUCAACAUGGCUGCCUGGAAGGAAUCGUUGUGAUAUUGGUGAGGAUGAAACUACAAGGGGGGUUCAGGAAUUGAACCUUCAGUUUAUCUCUCAGAGUCAAGGCAUCCUUCAAUGUAACGAUAGUAUGGUUAAUAUCAGGAAUUCUGAACGUAAAAACUCAAAUAUUCAUUCUGAGACCAUGGCUAAUAAAUUUGAAAAGAGCAAGUCUCGACCACCCGAAGGUGCGAGCUCCAGUUUGAUUGAAGCUUCACAUUCAUCAAUGGAUGCUCUGCAGCUUGAUAGACAGAAAAGAAAAGGUGAUGUGAGACUUAAAAAACUGAAAAGCAAGACAGGGUCUGAGCAGUACGAGACUGUAACUUCAAUAAAGAUCAAGACUGAAAGUGAGCAGCUAAACUUUAGCAAUGGAAGUCAUCGGCCCACAGAUAGAUUGGUAGUUUCAGUCAAAACACGGACUGAAAAUAAUAUAUUGGAUAAAGAGGUGGAAAUUCAUGCGAAGAAGAGGAAAUUGAAAGACUGGCAAGAAAGUCAACCUCAUGCAAACGUAUCGGAAAAUAGCGAAAAUAGAAUAAAAAGGAAAGAGAAGAGGUUAAAGACGGAGGUAAAGGAGUCUAGUGACGACAUAUGUUUAAAUAAAGGAAAAACAAUGAAAAUAAAAUUACCGGCUAGUAAAGAGAAUUCAGUUGACACAAAUCAUGUGAAAAAUCAGCAGCAUAGAAGUAAAACUACUUGUAAAAAGGAUUCGGAAUCCGAGCGGUUUUCGCUUGCUGCAAAUUCAAGUUCUUCAAUAGUUUCCGGUUCUUGCAAAAGGGCCAGCUUGCAAGAACGAAUAGAGUCACCAGCAGGGGCAGUUUUGUCAUCUCCUAUUAGUUCUUUUAAUGUUGGAAAAACUAUUUCAAGAAAAGCUCAUGUUAGGACUGAAAUUCCAAGAAAGGACAUUGAAUCAAGCCAAAGUCAAAGAAUUGGUGGCAAAGCGGACUUAAAGCAUAAAGAAGCCUCAAAGAUUAGAAAUAGUCAUAAUCUUGAACAUACAACAAAUGCUAAUGGUGCUAUAGACAAAUAUGAAAGAUCUAAUGUCCAAAGAGUAAAGAUUAAAGCGUCCGAUCCGUUGACAAGUCAACCUAAUAAAAUGAGAAGGGUUGAAGCAAACUUGGGUGAUAUGGGCAGCCCCGAAAUGAACCCGACUGUAAAAAGAAAAUCUAAAAAGGUUUCUUUGGGUGAUAUAUCAAAGAUAAGGGAUGCAAGUGAUGUAGAGCCAAAAGUUGAGGUUCAAGCAUUUGAUUAUACCGGUCAAAAUCGGUCGAAGGUUAUGAAACAUCCUGGAGUUGCUGCUAAUCCAAAUCAUACAAGUCUUGUGACUGAUUGCGAUAAUCUCAGUGUUACAAGCUUCUUGAAGGAGUUUGCAUCUAGUCAAAGUCAAACUGCUUUGACUGCUUUCAAAAGAGCCGAGGAGUCAAAAGACCAUGCUGACCGUUUAAAGAUUUCUGGAUUUGAUUAUGAGUGUAACAAUGCGUACUUUGACUCUGCUUUGAAGUUUCUUUGUGCUGCUUCUCUUCUCGAGGCCUGCAAUGCCGACAUCAGCAAAUCAAAAGGAGUGGAUACAAUCAAUGUCUACACCACUUCCGCCAAACUUUUCAAAAUCUGUGCUGAAGAAUAUGAGAAACGAAAAGAACUGGUUGCGUCGACACUGGCCUAUAAAUGCAUGGAAGUUUCAUGCAUGAGGAUAGUCUAUUGCAAGAAUUUGCUGACAAGACAAGACUUACAAACAAGUGAGUCACCGUCAUCUUCCGCAUCUGACGUUGAUAACUUAAACAAUCAAGCAACAAUGGAUAAAACCGUGUUGUCUAAAAGCAUCGCACAUCAUAAAAACCAUCUAAUUGUUAGAAAUCAGGCUAACUUUACGAGGCUGCUUGAUCUUGCAAGUGAUGUAAAUCUUGCAAUGGAAGCUUCUACGAAAGCACAGAACGCUUACAAAUCUGCUAGUGCGGUUAUAGAAGAAGCUCAGAACAAAGAGAUGACAAUUUCAGUCAAACGGGUUGUCAACUUCAGUUUUCAAGAUGUGAAAGAAUUUGCAUGUUUGGUACAAAAGGCACGCGAGGCUGUGGCUGUAAAUCGUCAAGGCAACAAGAGGCAGUGAAGUUAGAAUAACUUAUUGCCAUCAUUUUUGACCUAUCUAUACAAAACAAACAAAUAGGAUGAAGAUCAGGAUCAGAAUAUAGAAAAAAAGUGAAUAUGAAUUUUGACCGUUGACCCUUUUAGCACUUUGUGAUGGUGUUGGGUAUAUGAGAUGAGAAUAUGGAGAGGCUUUAUUGUAGGAUAUUGAUGUUAGAACUUCAUACAUAACUUGCUGUUAGUGAUUAAAAAUGCAACAUCUCAUCAUAGACUUUGUUACCAAAUUUGGAUUCUGUAGGACUGUCUUUUGACAAUCAAAAGACAAUUUUUAGUCU